CCUCACUCAUUUGGCAAGAAAGCCAAAAAGAACAUCUCACCCCUCUCUCCCUCACCCCCCAUCUCGGCCAGCACCCAAGAAAGAAGCAAGAGUAAUUUUCCAUCCUCCAUUAUCCAUCUUUGAAGAGAGCUCAAGCUUAAGGAGUCCAAAAGGAGGUCUUUGAGAAGGAAAAAGUGAGGAGAAAGUGAGAAGGGUUAAGGGACUUGAUAUAGAGUAUCUUUGAGCUUCGCCGGAGUUUCGCCGGAGUUGGUCAAAGUUGGCCGGAGUUGGUCAAAGUUCACCGGAAUUAGUCCAAGUUCAACCGCGGAGCGUAGAACACGCUUAAGCUCACUUAAGUUUCAGGUAGAACUUGAAGGUUGCUACCACCGGCCGUUGCUUCGGGAAGAUCAAAGGAGGGAGACGUGAAAUGGAGCCAGUCGGAAGGAUCACUAGGAGGAACCCGACGGGCCGUGUGCCGGGUGGGUCCGAGCGCGGUAGCCGGGGGUCCUCUAGGGGAUCAAGAGGAAGAGGCCGCGGAGGCCGACAACAACAAACCGUGAGCGAUGGCCACGUCGAUACGGAAAGUGAGACCUAUUGGUCUUAUGAAGAUUCAACCUACCGGCCGGAAACGGAGCCGGUUGAGACCCCUUAUGAAGGGGACGACGACGAUGUGAGCGACGAGGAGGAAAGUGGCUCCUUGGCUCGGAUCGAAGCGCUGCUCCAACAAUAUCAUCGGGAGCGCGAGGAAAGGAGGGAACGCCGAAGGCGCCGUGCGGGGCAACCUUCGGGUGGGGCUCCAAGAGGAAGGAGCUAUUGUGAUUCAAGAACCCAUGUGGAAGCGCAUGGGAGUCGAGGUGAUGGAGGUCCAACCAUAAGGAUCUCCAAAUACAUCAAAGAGGCGAGGGACCUGGGGUGCAAACCGUUCGAUGGGACGGGGGACAUCUCGGUGGCCGCGCAAUGGAUCAAGAGGCUGAACGAGGCAGCCCUUGACAUGCAACUCACCCCCGAUUUCAAACUGAGAAUCGCGGUGAGGUUACUUGAAGGGUUGGCAUCCAAGUGGUGGGAUGGAACCAAAGGCAAGUAUGGCGGGAAUGUUACUUGGGAGGAUUUUCGGCAAGAAUUCUUUGCCCAAUACUACUCCGACUUUGAAGUAAAUGCAAAGGUGAGGGAAUAUACUCUCCUAACCCAAGGGGGUAACAUGACGGUGAAAGAACUCGAGCACAAGUUCAGGGACCUUGCCGACCACAUACCGGAGUAUGCUUGUGAUGAAAACCGAAUGGUGAAUCACUUUUGGGAGGCCUUGGACCUGGAGAUACGUGAUAGGGCGACUCAAUUGCCCAACAUGACUUUCAGCCAAGUGGUUGCCCAAGGGUUGAAAGGAGAGAAGCAAUGGGAAGAGAGAAAGAAGAGAGACGCCGAAGAGGCGAAGAAGAGAAAGUGGGAAGGCCAUGGCCCCCAAGGUUCUAACAAAAAGGGGAACCAUGGGGGAGGUGGAUCAUUCAGAACACCGGCACCGCCAUCCAAGGGAAACCCGGCUUUCAGCGGGCACAACUCGGGCUCACAAGCCUCAACGACGCCCAGGUGCAGGAAUUGUAACAGGAGCCACGCCGGUAAGUGUCGUGAUCCACCACGGUGCUUCCAAUGCGGGAGUACAGGGCAUAUUAAACCAAAUUGCCCUCAACUUGGUGGGAACCGAGGGGCGGGAUCAAGCGGCGCCACCACGGCGAGUAGGAGCCGAACUGGGGCACCCCAUGCUAGUGCGGGGCAAGGGGGAGCGAGCACGAGCAACGCGCCGUCUGUAAAUCAAGGGAGGACUCAAGCUAGAGUCUAUGCGAUGACCGAGGCUGACGCUCGGGCCAAUCCCGACUCCGUUGCAGGUAACCCUUUGUGACGAUUGAUAAAUUACAUGUAUUGAGUGCUAAAGUUGCACGGGCUGGCCGGGGCCGAUACCGGCCAGUUUCCUAGCAAAAAGUUGCAGAAAUGAACUGCCCAGGGGUAAACCGGCGCCGGUCGAGGCUAAAACCGGCGCCGGUUCUAAUUAAAACGCCCGUUUUGGGGUCGCCGUGGGUAAACCGGCGCCGGUUUUGGGCCAUAACCGGCGCCGGUCAAGGGUCGGGGAGGCCAAGCUAAUAAAAUUUUCUUUUCCGGAGGACGCCGUAGCAAAACCGGCGCCGGUUCUGGCCAUAACCGGCGCCGGUCCAAGGGAAAAAGAGGUCGGAGAAUCACCGUGCUCGCAACCGGGGCCGGUUUUGAAUUUUCCGAUGUUGCCGAAGGUGAACCGGCGCCGGUUUUGGCCAUAACCGGCGCCGGUCCAGUUCAAUUUAUGGUUAUCCGGCCACUCCGAAGGCAAACCGGCGCCGGUCUUGCCUAGAACCGGCGCCGGUCCAGUGUAUUUUUACCCGAAAAAUUUUCGUUAAGCCCCGUUUCGAUCCGGUACGUUGACUAGUGUGUCUUACAUGACUUAUAUAUGUAGGAACAUUAAAGAUCAAUGGUAGAAACGCAAGAAUUCUCAUUGAUACCGGGGCACAACGUUCAUUCGUGAGUGAAGCGUUUGCCGAAAGUUUAGACGUGCCGUUGAUAGAAAUGACGCAACCCUUGUUGGUCUCUACACCGUUGGGAGACGAUGUGGAGAGGAAACACUACUACCCUUCGUGUGAGGUAGGAGUGACGGGUCAACCUUUGACUUGUGACUUCGUACCUCUAAGUAUGUUAGAAUUCGAUGCAAUUCUAGGGAUGGAUUGGCUCGAGAAACAUCAUGCUCGAGUGGAUUGUUAUGCCAAGGUUUUGGAACUCGAGGACGCUGAGGGAAACACGCUACGUUUCGAGGGAGAUCGGGGCGGAUCUCAUAGUUGUAUAAUAUCCGUGUUGAGGGCACGGAAGAUGAUGAGGAAGGGAUGCCAUGCAUACCUCGCUUAUGUGGUGGAUGAAGCAAAGAAGGAGGUUGACAUCAACGAUGUACGUGUCGUGUGCAAAUAUCCGGAUGUCUUUCCCAAAGACUUGCCGGGGCUUCCACCCGACAGAGAGAUCGAAUUCGUGAUUGAAGUGGAGCCGGGAACCAAACCCAUUUCGAUUCCUCCUUAUCGAAUGGCACCGGCCGAGCUUCUAGAGCUGAAGGUUCAACUCCAAGAGCUAUUGGACAACGGGUUCAUUAGACCCAGUCAUUCACCGUGGGGAGCACCCGUACUCUUCGUAAAGAAGAAAGAUGGUACACUAAGAAUGUGUAUAGACUACCGACAAUUGAACAAAGUCACGAUCAAGAACAGGUACCCUUUACCGAGGAUAGAUGACUUGUUUGAUCAACUCCGAGGGGCAACAGUAUUCUCGAAGAUUGAUUUAAGGUCGGGGUAUCAUCAGUUGAAGAUAAAGGAGAGUGACAUACCUAAGAGUGCCUUUCGCACUAGAUAUGGUCACUACGAGUUCUUGGUGAUGUCUUUUGGUCUAACCAACGCACCGGCGGCAUUCAUGGACAUGAUGAACCGUGUGUUCAGUGAAUACUUAGAUCAAUUUGUGAUAGUAUUCAUUGACGACAUUUUGAUAUACUCUAAGAGUGAAGAGGAGCAUGAAGAUCAUUUGAGUCUUGUACUUGAACGACUAAGGGAAAAACAACUCUUUGCCAAGUUCUCUAAAUGCGAGUUUUGGCUCAAAGAGAUUGGGUUUCUCGGGCAUGUCGUGUCAAGUUCGGGCAUUUCGGUGGAUAAAGCCAAGAUAGAAGCCAUUAUGAAUUGGGAGAGACCCAAAAAUGUGAAAGAGAUACGUAGUUUCCUUGGCUUAGCGGGAUACUAUCGAAAGUUUGUUGAAAAAUUUUCCGUAUUGGCGUCUCCAUUGACAAAGCUCACGAAGAAAGGGGCCAAGUUCAUAUGGGACGACAAUUGUGAGAAAGGCUUUCUUGAACUAAAGAAACGGCUUACAGAAGCACCGGUUCUCGCUCUACCCACACAAGGGAUAGGGUAUGACAUAUACAGUGAUGCUAGCAUCCAAGGCCUUGGAUGUGUACUCAUGCAGAACGGUCGGGUGAUUGCCUAUGCUUCUAGGCAAUUGAAGAAACACGAGGCGAACUACCCUACCCAUGACCUGGAGUUGGGGGCGGUAGUGUUUGCACUAAAGAUUUGGAGACAUUAUCUCUAUGGAGAGACAUGUCACAUUUUCACCGAUCAUAAGAGCCUCAAGUAUGUAUUCACUCAGAAAGAGUUGAAUAUGAGGCAAAGGAGAUGGAUGGAGUUGAUCAAGGACUAUGACUUGAUCAUCGACUAUCAUCCCGGAAAGGCCAAUGUAGUGGCCGAUGCAUUGAGCAGGAAGGGUACGUCGGGGACAUUACUCACAUGUCUACGAACUUUGAGGGCGCAAGUGGAGGUGUCCACGAGUGGGGUCCUCAUUGCUAGAUUCGAGGUUAGACCUACAUUGCUGGGUGAGAUCAGUAGAUGUCAGGCCAUUGAUGAGGAAUGUCAGAAGAUCCGGGAGAGGAUCCUUGAAGGGCCUGUGGAGAACUUUCGAGUACGUGAUGACGGUCUUUUACUGUUUAAGGACCGGGUAUGCAUACCAAAGAGUGAGGAGCUCCAAAAGUCUAUACUAGAGGAGGCUCAUUCUUCGGCAUAUGCUAUGCAUCCAGGAGGUACUAAAAUGUACCGAGACUUGAAGGAAAGUUACUGGUGGUCGGGCAUGAAGAGGGAUAUCGCAGAGUACGUGAGCCGAUGCCUUACUUGCCAGCAAGUUAAGGCGGAGCACCAGCACCCGGCAGGGCUUUUGCAGCCACUGACCAUUCCGGAAUGGAAGUGGGAACAUGUGACCAUGGACUUCGUGGUGGGGCUACCACGAACAGUGAACAACUACGAUGCAGUAUGGGUAGUGGUCGAUAGGCUCACCAAGAGUGCACACUUUUUGCCUAUCAACAUUACUUAUCCUCUUGAAAGAUUGGCAAAGCUAUACACGGAGGAGAUUGUGAGACUACAUGGAGUCCCGAUAUCCAUUGUCUCGGAUAGGGAUCCACGAUUCACAUCUCGGUUUUGGCCCAAGUUUCAAGCAUCCUUGGGUACUAAACUGAAGUUUAGCACAGCUUUUCAUCCACAGACGGAUGGACAAUCUGAGCGGGUGAUACAGAUAUUGGAGGACAUGCUUAGGGCAUGUGCUCUGGAGUUCCAAGGGAGUUGGGACAAACAUUUGGCUCUAGUCGAGUUUGCCUAUAACAACAGUUACCAGGCAAGUAUUGGCAUGCCUCCAUACGAGGCAUUGUAUGGGAGGAAAUGCAGAACACCACUGUGUUGGGACGAGGUUGGCGAGGCCAAGCUCGAAGGGAUUGAACUCGUUGAAAUCACCAAGGCUAAGGUGAAGGUCAUUCAGGAUAGACUCAGGGCUGCCCAAGAUCGGCAGAAGAGUUAUGCCGACAAACGACGCAGGCCAUUGGAGUUCGAGGUCGGUGAUAAGGUCUUCCUAAGGAUUUCUCCUUGGAAGGGUAUCAUCCGAUUUAUAUCGAGGGGAAAACUCAACCCCCGAUACAUUGGCCCAUUUGAAAUUCUUGAAAGGAUAGGGGUCGUGGCAUACCGUCUGAAGUUGACGCCAGAACUUGAGAAGAUACAUGACGUGUUUCACGUAUCGAUGCUCAAGAAAUACGUGAGAGAUCCAUCUCAUAUUCUUGAGAAGCCACCGGUAGAGAUACGCGAAGACCUACAAUAUGCGGUAGAACCGGUGAAAAUUGUGGGGCAACAAGUGAAGAAAUUGAGAAACAAGGAGAUUCCUAUGGUGAAAGUCCUUUGGAGGAGUGAUCGGGUCGAGGAAGAAACAUGGGAGACCGAGGUCUCGAUGAGGGAGCAAUACCCUUUUCUCUUCGAUUAGGCACGUGGAUUUCGGGGACGAAAUCCCAAAUAAGGGGGGGUGAACUUGUAACACCGUCCCCAAAUGUAUUUACUUUUAUGUGAAUAUUAUAUUUUAACCUUAUGGAAUGGUUAAAGAAAUUAUGAUGUUACGAAUUUUUAUUAAUUCUUUCGCACGAAUAGUAAAUUCGCACGUGAGGCCCGCCCGGAAGCGGGGGCCGCCCGAUAUUCCCGGGACCACAUAAAUUAUUCAUCUUAGUCUAGGUAAUAAUUAUAUGGUGGUGGAUAAUUCAUUUGAACCAUGGAAAGGUCCAGAGUUGACCGAUUGGUCAAGAGAGGCCCAGAUACCGGUAUUGACGAUUUUACCGAUAAAUGUCCGAAAUUGAAUUUCGGGGACUUAUAAAUCAAAGUUGGGGAAUGAAUAUUCAUUAUAAGGUUCAUGUUGGUUAAAGAGCAUGUAAAAUAUUUUAUUUGACCCGAUAAAAUAAAAUAUAACAAAAACUGUCCGAAAAAUACAACUUUCGGGACCGAUUGUACACUUCGGGACAAAAGGGGUUGACCUCCCACAUGAGUGGGGGCCAACCCACGAUUUUGGCCACAAAAUGGAGGCUGAUUUGUCUCAAACAAGGUCUGAAAACCUUGAGAUGAUGGGGGAGACCAUUUUGACAUCCUAAGGACCCCAUCCUCACUCAUUUGGCAAGAAAGCCAAAAAGAACAUCUCACCCCUCUCUCCCUCACCCCCCAUCUCGGCCAGCACCCAAGAAAGAAGCAAGAGUAAUUUUCCAUCCUCCAUUAUCCAUCUUUGAAGAGAGCUCAAGCUUAAGGAGUCCAAAAGGAGGUCUUUGAGAAGGAAAAAGUGAGGAGAAAGUGAGAAGGGUUAAGGGACUUGAUAUAGAGUAUCUUUGAGCUUCGCCGGAGUUUCGCCGGAGUUGGUCAAAGUUGGCCGGAGUUGGUCAAAGUUCACCGGAAUUAGUCCAAGUUCAACCGCGGAGCGUAGAACACGCUUAAGCUCACUUAAGGUGAGGAUGACCGACUAUAUUGCUUAUAAUUAUUGGGUUAAUUUCAUAAGAUUUCCUAAAUGAAUUAUAUGUGUUUGGCAUGAUUUAUUAAUAAUUAAAAAAUGCCUAAAUGAGAUCAUUAUUGUUUACAAGCAAAAAUGCAUAAUAUACAAAUUUAUGAAUAAAUUGUGUAUGAUUAUGUGUUAUGAAUAUAAUGGCAUAAUGGCUGUAUAAACUACAAAUCAAAUGGUGAUAAAUAUACUUUUACCUCAUGUAAGGAAGUCAUGGGAGGAUAAAAGUGAUAUUUUGAUAAUAGAGCCAAAUUACACUUGAAUGUGAAAUUUAGUUGAAAUAUACGAAUUAUUAUGAAAUUGCAUUGGUUUAUUAAGAUUAAACAACUAGUAUAGAAAUACUAGUCGGGAAUGUAAGUUCAAUAGUUCUUGGGAGCUAAUCCCAAGAUAUUAGAGUUAAAUAACCUUAAAGGAUAUUUUUAAGGUGGACUUUAUGAAGUCAAGUUACAUUAAGAGUAGGCCUUGAGGGUUACUCAAAAUGGAAGGAACCUAGACUAAGAAGAGGUUUAGGGAUUAGAUGACGUGACUAUGAGCCGAGCUCUAGCACGUGGUAGUAUGACUAUGAGCCGAGCUCUAGCAAAAUGUGGUAUGACUAUGAGCCGAGCUCUAGCAAGAUGUAGUGUGACUAUGAGCCGAGCUCUAGCACAAAUUAGUAUGACUAUGAGCCGAGCUCUAGCAAAAUGUAGCGUGACUAUGAGCCGAGCUCUAGCACAAAUUAGGAUGACUAUGAGCCGAGCUCUAGCAUGAAGGAAUGUGAAUCUAAUAUAAAUAAUAGCACCCUAGAUUUAGGGUCUUGGAAAUUGAAACUUUGAUUAUACUUAGUAUAGUUGUCAUUGUACUUGUCAAAUGCUUCCAAGUACUGACCUCCCCUUCACGGGGGAGGCCACCUCACAGUUUCAGGUAGAACUUGAAGGUUGCUACCACCGGCCGUUGCUUCGGGAAGAUCAAAGGAGGGAGACGUGGUUCGUGCUUCUUCCGUUCCUGUUUUGAAAACAUUUUAAAUAAUGCUCAUGGAUAAUAUUUUUAAAUAUUUAUUUGGGGGCUUGUAUGCCCAUGUUUGCCAAGGUGUGGCAUGAAUACUCGUAUUGAAUAUUUCCGCUGCUAUGAAAGAAUAUUUUACAUUAUGCUUGUUUAUGGAUGUACUAUGUGUGAAUGAUAUUCCAG